GCCGUCUAAGGUGGUUUCGCAGGCCAACAUGAAGGUGGAGAUCCUCCCAGCGCUCACGGACAACUACAUGUACCUCAUCAUCGAUGAGGAUACCAAGCAAGCCGCCAUCGUUGAUCCGGUGCAGCCCCAGAAGGUUCUGGAUGCGGUCAGAAAACACGGGGCGAAGCUCACUACGGUUCUGACUACCCAUCACCACUGGGACCACGCUGGUGGCAAUGAGAAACUGGUAAAGAUGGCGCCAGGGUUACAAGUGUACGGGGGAGAUAGCAGGGUUGGAGCCCUCAACCAGAGAGUCUCUCAUCUAAUGUCGUUUCAGGUGGGCUCCCUCAACGUGAAAUGCCUGUCCACCCCCUGCCACACAUCUGGACACAUCUGCUAUCUCGUGACCACGCCCAACAGCUCGGAGGCCCCCGCUGUGUUCACAGGGGACACCCUCUUCGUGGCCGGCUGUGGGAAGUUCUUUGAAGGGACCCCUGAGGAAAUGUACAGGGCCUUGAUUGACAUCUUGGGACGCCUCCCGCCUGAAACGAAAGUCUACUGUGGUCACGAAUAUACCAUCAACAACCUGAAAUUUGCCCGGCACGUGGAACCCACCAACAGGGCCAUCCAGCAGAAGCUGUCUUGGGCAAAGGGCAAAUACGACAGUGGCGAGCCCACCAUCCCCUCAACCAUAGGAGAGGAGUUCACCUACAACCCGUUCAUGAGAGUGAGAGAGGCAACGGUGCAGCAGCACGCCCGGGAAACGGACCCCAUCCGGACGAUGGGAGCGAUCCGGAAGGAGAAAGACAGCUUCCGAGUGCCCAAAGAGUGA